UUCAGUUAAUCAUUUUCGUCCAAGCGAAACGUACGGCAUAUCUCCGGUGUUUUAGAAAAAAAAACAAAUUAUUUUUGAUUGUGAAUUUUUAAAAUAAUUCUGUUCCGAACAUAUUUGUUGUUGCUGUUCGUGUUUUGUAAACUUUAGUAUAUUUUUUGUGAUCAUAAAAUAUAAGUUAUGGGUCUUCUAACCGAAGGCAGACCCCUGCCAUGGCCGGAGACAAAAGCUCUUGCUGAACAUGUGCGUCGUCAUGGCAUAGAACAGUUUAUUAAUCAUUAUCAUAAACUGAAGGAUCGCAAAGGGGAUACUCUUAAAUGGGGAGAUGAAAUUGAAUAUAUUUUGGUUCGAUAUGAUGAGCAGCAAAAGAAGGCACGUGUUGUGUUAAAAUCCCAAGCUCUGUUGGAGGUUUUAAAUGAAAAGGAGGAGACAAAUCCACAUGCCUGUAAAUCCUUGUGGCGCCCGGAAUUUGGGGCCUAUAUGAUCGAAGGUACACCGGGAAAGCCCUUUGAAGGUUUUCUAACACACUUCAAUAUGUUGGAGCCAAACAUGAGAUAUCGCCGCGAAGAGGUUACUGAGCUGUUGGAGAGAAAUGAAUGUAUCUUGUCUUUGACAAAUUUCCCCCGCCUAGGAUGUCCCGAGUUUACAUAUCCCAUAUACUUGCCACAGCCAAAUAACCCCAAAUCCAUAACAAUGUCAAAAUAUUAUCCAGAUGAAGCCACCUUUGAGGGUCAUCCUCGUUUUAAAACUGCCGCAAAGAAUGUGCGCAUGCGCAGGGGUGAAAAGGUGGCAAUUAAAGUUAAGGUAUUUAAGGAUAAGAAUACACAAUUCCCCGUUGAGGGAAGUCCAGCCAAUGAGCCUGACAUGGUGGUCUUAGAUGCCACAGGUUUGGGUAUGGGUUGUGGAUGCUUGCAGGUAACCUUCCAAGCUACCGAUAUGCAAGAAGCUCGCGCUCUAUAUGAUCAAUUGGCCGUAAUGUGUCCCAUUAUGUUGGCACUGACCGCAGCUUCUCCCAUAUAUAGGGGUUACUUGACAGAAACUGAUUGCCGAUGGCACAUUAUAAGUUCGUCGGUGGAUUGUCGAACGCCUGAAGAACGAGGUCUCAACCCUCAAUGUGGAAACAAAUACUAUAUACCCAAAUCUCGUUGUGAUUCCAUUAGUUCAUAUCUUUCGCCAAAAGGAGAGAAGUACAAUGAUCUCCACUUACCAUAUCAUCAAAGGGAUUAUGAUCGUUUACGCCAAGGUGGAGUGGACCAUCUGUUGGCUCAGCAUGUGGCCCAUCUCUUUGUGCGAGAUACCAUUAGCCUGCUGGACGAGAAAGUCCAUCAAAAUGACAAAGAAGAAACGGACCAUUUUGAAAAUAUCCAAUCCACAAAUUGGCAGACAAUGCGUUUCAAACCUCCUCCACCCAAUUCCCCCAUAGGAUGGCGUAUCGAAUUUCGUCCUUGUGAUGUUCAGAUAAGUGAUUUUGAAAAUGCAGCCAUUGUAUGCUUUGUAAUUCUGUUGACGCGCGUUCUGUUGGCCUACGACCUGGAUAUGUUAAUGCCCCUUAGUCGCGUUGAUGAGAAUAUGAAAACAGCCCAGAAGAGAGAUGCUUGUCGUAAAGGCAAAUUCUGGUUUCGUAAAAAUGUUCUGCACCCAAAGGACAAACAGUCACAUAUUUAUAUGAAUAACUCAUCUAACAAUAGUGGCUAUGAGGAGCGAUGUGGCGAUAAGAUGUCUUUCGAUGAUUAUGAACUUAUGACCAUGAAUGAGAUAUUCAAUGGAAAGUCUAAUGGCUUCCCCGGCUUGAUACCUUUAAUAUAUAAAUUCCUAGAACCCAUGGACAUCGAUGGCAAUACGUUUGGUGUCAUUGACAAAUAUUUGAGAUAUAUGCAGCAACGGGCGUCCGGAAAAAUCAUCACAGGAGCUCAGUGGAUAAGAGAGCAAGUCCUGCAACAUCCAGAGUACAGACAAGAUUCAAUUGUUAGUGAGCGCAUAAACUAUGAUCUUUUAAAGACCAUUCAAAGAAUACAAAAUGGCAAAGAUGUGGAACACAUAUUAAGAUCAGGCUGAGCCGAGAUAAUGAAAGUAACAUUGAUGCUUACAAUAUGCAUUCCCAUUUGAUAAUGGACCCCAUACUAUAAAGUUGUAUUAUGGGCACUCAAGCUUCUGAAAUUUUCAGGCCAAUUCAUCAUCUAAACAGAGUUGUACAGCAUGUAGUCAAGUUGUUCAAUCUCAUUUUUUAUACAAAAUUUAAUUUUA